AUGACCGAAAUGCAGCCUACUUUGGUGCUACUCGACAUCCCUCCCCACGAUCGCCUCCGAGAGCAGCAACGGCCAAAAUCGCGCUCGCGGUCACCGUCGCCAACUGGUUCGCUUCAACGUGAAGAGACACAAGCACCUGAUGAAGAGCUCUACGGUCUCAACCUGCUGCAGAAACUGAUCACGGAAGCACACCUCCGAAACAUUGCAAAGCUCGUUGUUCCGAUUCCCAUUGUCAGCAACCACCUUUCUAAUCACUCACCCACGGCGCAACAAAUGACGGAUGGCACACGCGAGCACCAUCCUGGUACCUCAUCUGGUCUGGCCGCUAACCGCGGCAUGAUACCAAAGUGCCUCGAGUUGGGGGCUGCCGAUGUCAUCAUCAGUCCCUUGAGCGCGAACUGCAUAGCGACGCUGGAGGUUUGCGCAUACAGAGCGCAGCGCGAUGCGACCAAGGAGCAUCAGGCGAUGCUCGACAUCAAGCGGGGCCGACAGCGCUCCUGGGUUGGUGUGAAUGAGGAAAGACCUUUUUCAUACCUGCGUGAAGCGAUGGUCUCCAACCUCAUGAGAGGAAUCUGUCGGCAGCAGUCGGAAGACGAGCUGCUCAGCAGCGUCCACGUUGCCGUGUCAAAAUCGCGGCAAGCUGAGGUAGCCCAGGCCGUGGCCAGCUGGCACUUUUCAGCGCACGCCUUCACCGACGAUGAGCUCGUGGUGGCAGCCAUGACCAUGUUCAAGCAUGCUCUCAGCAUGCCGGGGCUGGAGAAGUGGCGGAUAACAACAGAUCAGUUGAUCAAUUUUCUUACGGCCUGCCGAGGCGCUUACAAUAACUUUGUACCGUAUCACAACUUUCGCCAUGUUGUCGACGUAUUGCAGGCCACCUUUAACUUCCUGGUCCACAUCGGGUCACUCGGGCCAUAUCCCGCGUCGCCUCAGCAGCCAAGCGCUUCGGACCCGUCAACGAGGUCGCCCAUGGCCUCGCUGAUCACGUCAUUCGAGGCCUUGACGCUGCUCAUCACCGCUAUCGGCCACGAUGUCGGCCAUCCAGGUGUUAAUAAUGGUUUCCUGGUAACGCUGAAUGCGCCACUCGCGCAGCUCUACAACGACCGUUCGGUCCUCGAGACCUUCCACUGCGCCGCGUACUCGCAGAUUCUCCGUAGGUACUGGCCCGCUGCCUUUGAGGACGCCAAGAUGCGGAAUCUCAUGAUCAGCUCUAUCCUGGCGACCGACAUGGGCUUGCACUUCGACUACAUGAAGAAGCUUGGCGACGCCCAGGAGAAGCUCCAGGAGAACAACACGACAGAAGGCUGGAACGGGAGGCAAAUUGAGGACCACAAGGCUCUCGCGUGCUCUCUGCUAAUCAAAUGCGCCGAUAUCAGCAAUGUGGCUCGUCGACAUGACGCUGCGCAGCAGUGGAUGCACAUCCUGGCAGAAGAGUUCUCGCGACAGGCGUCAAUGGAGAGCGAGCUCAACAUUCCAUCCUCCCUCAUGGCCCCGCCCAAGAAGGACAUGGCAUCCUUGGCGCGAGCGCAGCUCAGCUUCAUGAACCUGUUUGCCAUACCGCUGUUCCAAGGUGUAGCAGACAUCAUGCCCGGGAUGGCCUACACGGUCCACGAGCUUGAGACGAACAAGACUCUUUUUGAGACGAUUGUGGAGGAGGAAAGGACGAAGGAGCAGCAGGGUGAAGCGGCGCAGAGGCGGCUUCGCACAGAGGGGACAUUGUCACCGAGGAGCAUGAGCUAUGCUGUCGGAAUGGAAGAAGCCAGCGCGGAACCGUCGUCGCAGGCUGACCAGCGGCGUGACAGGAUGAUGGAGGGGAUAUCCGAGGUUCUCGCCGAGACGCCGCCAGCGCUGGUCGACGACGAGCAGCGGCCCGAGGAAGCCCUUGCCCUUGAUCCAUCGCCAAGCGUGCCAACACGGAAACCCGCGCACGUUCCGCAGUGCCAGGAGGGCUAUAAGGAAGUCAACGGCAAGAUCUCGACGUUUGACGCCAUGCGGCAACUGGCACAGAUCAACCCGCUGGCCGGCCAGGAGCAGGACACGAUGGGUAGGACAGAGGAGCCGCAAGCUACGCACAGCCGACAGAGGGUGAGCGAGACGACCGAGGGCAGCAGUUCGGUCGCGGGCCUCGCAGGGGACGCAGCGUCGCAGAACACGAUGGCCACGGGGAAAUUGCCCAUGUCGCCGAGCACCAAGGGCACGAGCAUUGUCAGCAAGGAGUCGGCGGAGAGGCCGACGAGCGCUCUCGGGAUGGAGGCGCGCAGGUCAGCCUCGGCGGGUGCUGGAACUGGAACUGGGGCUGGGGCUGGGGCGGGCCAGCUCUCCUACGGAAGGUUUGGACAGUCACCGUCGACGGGGAGCUUGGGCAAGGCGGAGGGCAAGGCCUUGAAGAAGAAGACAAGUCGAUUCAGGAUGAAGGACUUUGCCUUUUUCAAGCGAAGCAAGGGCUCGAGUCAGACGCAUCGAGAAUCCGACACAUCGACGACCACUACGACGACUACUAUGACGAACGACAACCAGGGCUAA